AUGUCGGAAUCCGAGCCCUCAAAAGACAAGACGGCGGAAGGGGCUGUGGAGGCCAAACACCGGGGACGUCAAGCUGUAUGGAUUCACUUUCUAACGAUAUACUCAGCAGGAAUCCCAGAGCCUUUACUCGGAAUCGUACUCGGUCAGCUCAUUAACGAACUGAACGAUGUCUCCUGCUCUGCAACAACGUAUAAUCCUUCCUCGGUCCGGACCAAAGUCCUCUAUCUCAUCUACAUUACCAUCUUCAACUUCGCCGCCAUCUACAUAUACGCUGCCUGCUGGGCACUGAUCAGCGAGCGUCUGGCUCGCCGGUAUCGCAAGGCCUACUUCCGCAGUUUGAUCCGUCAGGACGCUGCCUUCCAUGACACUUUGCCCUCAGGGCAAGUAAUUUCUCGAUUGGUAAGCGACAUUGAGACGGUACAGUCUGGCACCUCCGAGAAGGUGGGAAUCUACAUUGCGACCCUGUCUUACUUCAUUACGGCGUACAUCGUGGCAUUCAUCAAAGUGCCCAUCGUCGCGGGCAUCCUGGUGGCUAUUGUGCCCUGCUUCUUUGCCAUGUCUCUGCUUGGGGGCCACUUUACGUCGCGCUAUGGAAAUCGCGUCGGCAAACAUGUCGACCAGGCAACCUCCAUCGCCUCAUCCAGCUUGUCUCAUCCCCGCAUCGUGCACGCGUUUAACGCUCAUCGACGCCUGGAGGAGUUGUUUUCGGCCAGCUUAUCCAAGGCCCACACGGAUGCGUUGAAGAAGGCGGCAGUUCAUGCCGCACAAAUGGGGUUCCUGUUUUUCAUUGUCUAUUCUUCAAACGCGCUGGCAUACUGGAAGGGUGCCCACUUGAUCGCGGACUAUAUUGAUGGUGUUGCCGGCUCUGGUGUCUCUCUGGGGUCCGUGUAUACCGUUAUCUUCAUUCUCAUUGACGCUUCCUUUAUCCUGAGUCAAGUCUCCCCAUACAUGCACGUCUUCAGCGCCGCUGCAAGCGCGUCCGAGCGACUGCUAGAAGUCAUCAACCGUGACUCAGAAAUCGAUGGCACGUCUGGGGCCGGAGGACCGAGCGCAUGCCUCGCCGAUCAAACAAUAGUCUUUGAGGAUGUCCACUUCACGUAUCCGGCACGUCCUUCAAAUCCCGUGCUGCAAGGCGUCAAUUGUACCAUCCCGCCAAAGAAACACACAGCCUUUGUCGGCCCGUCUGGGGGUGGCAAAUCGACUAUCGUGGCACUACUGGAACGGUUCUAUGACCCAACCUCCGGAAAGAUCCUCGUCGGAUCCCAAGUGAUGAGCGAUCUGAAUGUGGCGAGCUUGCGUGGACAGAUGGGAUUCGUACAGCAGGAGUCACAACUUCUGGAUCGGUCGAUUCUGGAGAAUAUCGCCUAUGGUCUCGUCGGGUCCCCGGCUCACGAGGAUCUGACUGAAGUCAUCCAAGAUAUGCGUCUGGCAAGCAUUGUAGAGCAGAUCCAAGCUGGUGCUCUGGAAGCGGAAGUUCUCGCUACCUGCGGAGAUCCCAGGAUUGCAGAAAUCGUUCGUCGUGCAAAAGAGGCAGCUGAAAAGGCUAAUGCCCUUUCAUUUAUCGAGACCCAACCUUUUGGUAUUGCGACCAGUGUGGGAACGGCCGGAGGCCAGCUGAGUGGUGGUCAGAGGCAGCGCAUUGCACUUGCAACUGCACUUGUCCGUGAGCCUAGGCUGCUAGUGCUCGAUGAAGCUACCGCUGCAUUGGACUCGAUCAGUGAGCGGUUGAUUCAUGAGGCCUUGCUUAAGGUCUCGGGCACGACUACCAUAGUCUCCAUUGCGCACCGCAUGGCGGCUGUGAAAGGUGCUGAUCAGGUAGUCGUCAUCGAGAAGGGCCGAGUGGCUGAAUGCGGCUCUCCUCAGCAGCUUUUAGAACAAGGUGGUCGAUAUGCCGCUAUGAUCGGACAGCAAAAGCUUGAUGAGAAGGACAACGAAGAGCUUUUGCCAACGGCCAGCAGCACCUUUACUGAGAUAUCUGAGGCCCACGGUCAGUUGACUUCAGUCAGCGAGAAAGGUAACGAACUCGAUGAGAAAGAAAAGAUCGAUGCCACUGUGGAGCACAAAGCCGUCCCCGAGGAUGAACAGGACCCUCCUCACUCCAAGCGCCUCACUGUGAAAAUCUGUUUCUCUUUCAUCCGCCCCAACCUUCUGUUGAUUGUUCUUGGACUCGUUAUGUCGGUCAUUAUUGGUGCCAGCUAUAGCUCGAACGCCGUUCUGUUUGGAAAUACACUGGGGGCGCUGAGUCCCUGCAAGGGCACUGCCAGCAUCCGCCACAGCGGGAGCUUCUUCGGACUCAUGUUCUUCAUUGUCGGGCUCGUGGAGUUCUUUGCGAAUGUCAUCGGGGGCUGUGCUUAUGGAUGGGCUGCAGACCAGACCUUGUAUCGCAUCCGAGUCGCAUCCUUUCGAUCCCUGCUUAGCCAGACAAUAACCUGGCACGGGACAGGGGGACGAAGCCCGGGAACGCUCAUCUCGUAUCUGACAGGUGAUGCGUCGGCCAUUAGCGGCCUCACUGGAACAACGAUCGGCCUUCUCCUUGCGACAACAGUCAAUCUCUUCGCUGGUGUGAUCAUCUCAUUUAUUGUAGCCUGGAAGAUCUCAAUCGUUCUCCUCCCCACGAUUCCGGUCCUUCUAGCAGCCGGAGUCAUGAAGCUGCGCGUGCAAAAUCAAUUCGCCGAGCGACACAAGAAGGCCUUCACGCGCGUCACUGAGAUCACCGUCGAAGCAUUGGGGAAUCUGCGGUUCGUCGCAGGGUUCUCGCUUGAAAAACAGCUCUACCGGGAGUUCAUCCACUCCCUGCAAGGACCCUACAAGAAAACCAUGCGAGCGAUUACCUGGGGCAAUUUCUGGCUGGCGACAGCCUUCAGCGUCAGUAACCUGAUCAGUGCCCUUGCAUACUGGUGGGGCUCCAAACAGAUCGCGUCGGGGCUGUAUUCGCAAACGCAGUUCUUCAUUGUCCUGCCCGCGCUGCUCUUCAGCACCCAAUCGUGCGGUCAGAUGCUGGCUCUCGCACCUGAUCUGUCCAAGGCCGGCAAAGCUGCUUCUCGUAUUGUAGACCUCGUGCGCACUGAUUCAGCGGAGAAGGAGCUCGCUGGAUCGAACGACGACAAACAUAGGGGGAUGAUGCUCCCAUCCCCGUCUGAGGAAAAGGCCGGCUUUGACAUCGAGGCCGCACCUGCAGAAUCGACUACUACUCCCGCUUCAACAGCCAUCAGCGCUGAACUCCACCACGUGCACUUCUCCUACCCUACCUCCCCUGAUAUCGCCGUGCUCAAAGGCCUAAGCAUCCACUUCGAGGCAGGCGGAUUUUACGCCCUCGUCGGUCCCAGCGGCUCGGGCAAAUCCACAAUCCUGGCCAUGCUGGAACGCUUCUACUACCCACACUCUGGCUCUGUCCGCAUCGACAACCAAGACAUCACACGCAUCCGCUCCACACAAUUCCGGGACGAGGUCGCGCUCGUACCGCAGGAAAGCGUCCUCUUCGAAGGCAGCGUGGCCUUCAACAUCGCUCUGGGCGCCCGACCCAAUGGUCCGGCGCCCACGCAGACAGAGAUCGAAGAAGCGUGUCGACUGGCACAGAUCCACGAGGUAAUCAUGGAGCUGCCGGAGGGCUACGAAACGGUUUGCACGCACGGCGGGAAGCAGUUCUCGGGUGGUCAGCGCCAGCGGCUGGCGAUUGCGCGAGCGCUGGUCCGUAAGCCGCGGCUAUUGUUGCUGGAUGAGUCGACGAGUGCGCUGGACGGCGAAUCUGAGAGGAAGAUCCAGGAGGCGUUGGCGGGGUUGGUGGGGAAGACGACGAUUGUUGCGAUUGCGCAUCGGUUGAGGACGAUUUACCGCGCGGAUCGGAUCUUUUUGAUUGAAAGUGGGCGAUGUGUGGUGCAAGGUACGCAUGCUCAGCUUGUGGAGAGGAGUGAGAUUUAUCGGGAGAGUGUGCUGCAUCAGUCGUUGGAUGUUUGAUUUAGACUGGUAGAGUAAGCGGUCUUGGUUAGAUUAGGACUGACAACAUUUGCUAGCAUUAUCGUUGUGCUGGUUAGAGCUGAGAGAGAUUAUUAAAAUAGAAUUGUUCCAGAAGCACAAGAUAUCAAA